AUGUCGUCAGACACAUCAUCAUCACAAAAUCGAAGUAUAAAACGUGAUGCAAGGCAUUCCUUCUUCAUAGACGACUCGGUUAACAGUUUAACUCAUAAUAAUAACGAACAAGACAAUAAUACUAAUCCUCGACAAGAUUCGUUUACUGUUUAUAUAGAUCCAUCCUUUAUGGGAACAACUCAUACACAAACAGAUUAUAGUAGUACGCGAACAUCGAGUUUAAAUACAACAGAUAUUAGUAAUUCAGAUGAUAGAAGUAAUAAGAUGGAUGAAACUGAAAACUCACAAAGUUCAGAAAAAAAACUUAAUAAGAUAUCAAAUCCUACAGAGACCACAAAUAAACAAACAACAAACCCAUCGAUACGACAGGACCCAACUAAUUUAAGCAAACAAGAAGAAGAAUCACCUAAAUCAAAUAAAUCACAAGUCACUCAAGGAACAGGUAUUCUCGAGCAGCCACUAGAAUCAGGGAGUCCACAACGUUCUCAGACCCAUAAUAGUGAUCAUACUGUUUCUACCACUGCCUUAGACGAUACCACUGAAGAAAUUCAUAGAAAUUCAGUGCUUCAUGAAAAUGGUAUAAAUUUUAAUACUAAUGAUCCUGAAUUUAGUAGUCCACCAAUACGACAUAACCAACCCCCAAUUGAUCGUCAAGACAAAACACAUUCAUCAUUAUUCCAAUAUGAUGAAACAAUUGAACCAGAUAUUGAAGAAGCUGUGAAAUUGUUAAAGAAAGAGAUGAAAGUAAAUCAAGCAAAUUUGAAUCACGUACGGUCUGCAGGACAUCAACAUGUUGACAAUUAUAGUUUCCUACAAGGAGAUAACAAUCGAUUUUCUGUUGAAUUUCAACCACAAGUGUUUCAUUUGAUUUCAAAAAGUUCAUCGAGUCAAGGAAGUAGUCUACCCAAUCAGCGUCCAAUAUCACAAGUCCUACAUACCCCAAAGAAUCCUUCAUUAAUCAACAAAUUCAUUGUGAACCAAGUACUCGAACAAGAUACCCACGAUUUACCUUUGAAAACAGAUCCCGUGAUGGUCCCACUUUGGAAUCGACCCUUAAUUCACAAACCCACUUCAAGUAAUCACCGUAACAUUAAUCGACUUAGUAAUGGUGGUAUUAAUGGGAUUCCGAAGAUUCCAGUAUUACGUCGAGUUUCGGGACCUAGUAAAUGGGUUCAUACAGAUAGAGACACAGAUCGUAGUGCUAGUCCUCAACAUUUUUCAGUAUUUGAAACUCGUAGUCCAUUGCAACAAUUAUACCAAACAUCAAUACAUGAGGAUACUGAGCAAGCGGCAUUGAUGGGAUCGAAUCAUGAACCUUUAGAUAUAGUUGACCUAGAGGCUCACCCACGUAUAUCCCAAGCGUCAUUCCUCGAAAACCAUGGUGAUAAUAAUAAUAAUAAUAAUAAUAAUAAUAAUAAUAAUAAUAAUAAUAAUAAUAAUAAUAAUAAUAAUGGUUACUAUUCUUCACCGCCGCCUCCCAAUGUUAAUGCCGGGUAUGAAAUUCUACAACAAAGAAUCACUAAUUCAUCUGUUGAGUCCUUUGAUUCAGAAAAGCUUGAAUUUAAAGAUAUUUAUUCGAUAAAACGGAUCAUGAUUACAAUUGGGAUAUGUAUGAUAUGUCCCAUGAUUUUUUUUAUGAUUGGUGUUGGAUCUCGUGCUGGUAUUAAUGAUUACCGUGUAAUGAAGAUGAUUCUUAAUGAAGAACAUAGAGUUGGAUUAUUGAAGGGAUUUAUUUGGGAUGUUAAAGUGAAUUGGUUCCGUCAUCUAUGUUUUUUCUUAGGAAUUAUUGAAUUACUUAUCGUGGCAGCAUGCAUUGGUAUUGGAUUCGGAGUUGGUUUACACACUUGA